UGGUCCAUCAGCUGUUGUUCUUCUGCUGCUGCGGACUGGAGCGGUUUAAACCCGGUUUAUGUGUCCGUGCUAGAGUUGGUCCGGCUGCGGUUCCGAGCUAAACAUGUCCCGGGUUCUGAUAGUCGGAGCGGGCCUGACAGGCAGCCUGUGCGUGUUGCUGAGGAGAGAAAUGCAGAACAAGGUUCAGAUAGUGGUGUGGGACAAAGCCAGGGGCUCCGGCGGCAGGAUGUCCACCACUCGUCCUCCCGACCCGUCGUCUCACUCAGCUGAUCUCGGAGCUCAGUACAUCACGGCUACGCCGGCCUACGCUCAGUCACACCACAGUUUCUACUCGGAGCUGCUGUCCUCCGGCAUCCUGCGGCCUCUCGACUCUCCGGUUGAAGGACUGAAGCAGAUGGACGGCAGCAAGAACUACGUGACGCCACUGGGCAUGUGCAGCGUGGUCAAACACUUCCUGUCUCAGUCAGGAGCUGAUUUGUUCCUCGAGCGUCAUGUGACCGGCCUGUACCGCCGCGGUGCAUCAUGGGAGGUGCAGAGGAAGGCGGGGGGCAGCGAGACGUUUGACGCCGUCAUCCUGACGAUGCCGGUCCCUCAGAUCCUUCAGCUGCAGGGAGACGUGGGACAGCUGCUUUCCGUCCAGCAGAAGCAGCAGUUAGACGGAGUCGUGUACUCGUCUCGUUUUGCCGUCGCUCUCUUCUUCCCUCCUGACGUGGUCUUCAGUUUUCCCUGGGCGGCUCGAUACGUCACUGACAACCCCUGCAUCCGCUACAUCGCUGCAGACUCCCGCAAACGCAACGCAGACGAUCGCGGUCGCGGCCCGUCCCUCGUCGUCCACACCAGCGUCUCGUUCGGCCUUGAGCACCUGGAGAAAGACAAGGAGGACAUCCAGCCAAUCAUCUUACAGGAGCUCCACAAGCUGCUUCCUGGUCUGCCUCAUCCAAUCAGCAUCAAGUGUCAGAAGUGGAGGUACUCCCAGGUGCUGACCUCGGUGCCGGGCUGUCCAGGUCAGAUGACCGUCCUUGAGCGCCCGCUGCUCAUCUGCGGUGGAGACAGCUUCAGCCACUCCAACUUUGACGGCUGCGUGGAGUCUGCACUGAGCAUGCUCAGUAUUCUGAAGGCCUUCCUGUGACGCCGCCGACUUCGACAGGAAGUGACUGUGGACCUGACCUUUACACCGAUCAAUAAUUAAUACAAGUUAACAGUUUAUGAAGCAA